UGUGUGUACUGAUAUUACAGGUUUCGGAAAAGGAUCUUCUUAUCUGAAGGUGGAAUUUGUUUUACAAACACAAAACCUUUCUUUAGGUGAUGUUGCCCAUCACACAAAUUGAAAAUGUCUGAAGCCAUAUGUGAUGGCAUCCCACCUGAAGAAAAACCUGAAGUAAUGGAAAUGCCCAGCAAGGAGGUGUUGACUCAUGAGUCAGUACCACACCUUGUGGAAGCUGAGAUCUUGCAUGAGUCUUCACAAGAUGAACAUGGACAGGCUGCUCAGAGUGCCAGUAAUAGACAGGAAGGAGAAAUAUUUAUUAAUGAAAACCCUUUGACUGAAAAAUUAAAUGAAAGUCUGCCUUCCAAUGGAGAGGCAACUGAAGACAUGACAGCUGAGUGCAGUGAGACUGUGAGCCUUGAUGCAGAACCUGAAUCUGAAGAAACACUGAAUGAACAAAGCAGUCCAGCCACAGACUCUUCAUCUAAAGCAAGUAGAUGGGGAGCUUGGGGUACCUGGGGAAAGUCUCUCCUGUCAUCAGCUUCUGCCACAGUGGGUCAUGGGCUAACAGCAGUAAAGGAAAAAGCAGGAUCUACCCUAGGAAUUCAUAAUACAAGUUCAGCAUCUUCAGAAACAGCAGAGUCUCCUGCAGCUGAAACACCAAUUACACAAGCAGAAGAUACUUUGGACCAAAGCUCUUCUGAGAAUAUUCCUUCUUCUCCUUCAUCUGGAUCUCGUGGCAUGUUGUCAGCUAUCACUAAUGCUGUUCAGAACACAGGGAAAAGUGUUUUAUCUGGAGGCUUAGAUGCUUUGGAAUUCAUUGGGAAGACAACCAUGAAUGUCCUUGCAGAAAGCGAUCCUGGAUUUAAGAGAACCAAAACACUGAUGGCAAGAACAGUUUCUCUCUCUCAGCUGUUGCGCGAAGCUAAAGAAAAAGAGAAACAGAGGAGGGCUCAGCAAGUUACAGUUGAAAGAACAGCCCAUUAUGGACUACUCUUUGAUGAAUUUCAAGGUUUGUCUCAUCUUGAAGCUCUGGAAAUCCUGUCAAAUGAAAGUGAAGCUCAGAUUCAGUCAUAUUUAGCAACACUUGAUGGAGAGCAGUUGGAGACUGUGAAAACUGAUUUAAUUGCUAUAAAAGAGAUCUUUGUUCCAAAGGAAUCAGACGAUGAAGUGGUGCAGGCACAGAAAGUGCUAUACAUACUCAACUGGGAGGAAGACCGAUACUUUUGCAUUCCCGUGUUUGGAAAGGCAGAUAUGGGAGAAGAGUUUGUCAGCAUGCUCACUGAACUGCUCUUUGAAUUGCAUGUUGCUGCUACUCCUGACAAACUAAAUAAGGCUAGGAAAAAAGCUCAUGAGUGGCUAGAAGGAGCCACUUUUUCCACACCAGUAGAUAUAGAAGAGAAGGUAAAAGCAAAACCUGGAGAACCUGGUGAAGAAAGCGCUGAAAAAGAAGAAAAAACUGACAGUGAUAAACCAGAAAUAAAUAAAAACAAAACUGUGGAGGAAAUCUACAUGCUGUCCAUUGAAAGUCUGGCUGAGGUAACUGCUCGUUGCAUUGAACAGCUUCAUAAAGUAGCAGAAUUAAUUCUGCAUGGGCAGGAAGUGGAAAAAACAGCUCAAGAUCAAGCAAAAGUACUGACAAACUUAACAAAUGCCAUGUGCAAUGAAGUUUCAUCUUUAUCCAAGAAAUUUUCCGAUUCUGUAACAGCAGCUGGGAAUAGUAUGAAGGCAGAGGUUCUUAACCCCAUCAUCAACAGUGUGCUAUUAGAGGGUUGCAACAGUACUACUUAUAUUCAGGAUGCUUUCCAGCUAUUGCUUCCAGUUCUGCAAAUUUCCCAUAUCCAGACAAGCUGUUUGAAAGCACAGGAGUGACAGUUUCCCAGCAGCUGUCACCAUCGGGCUUAACAGAAACCGCAGACCUGAUGUCUUUUAAUGUAUUCAGGUAGAAGAGAUGGUACAAGAGAUGUCUGGCCGCUUCGAGUCCUGUGAAGACUCUAAAUGCAGUUUUGCACAUACAAUAUUGAACAACAUUUUAAAACUCAUCAGACUUUUACACUUCAGAAGUAGUUAGUAAAGUGAGUAAUUUCUUUUCCAUUAGAGUAUACCCUUUGCAGGAAUUUAAAAUGAAGUUUAUUGAUAUUAGCAUUGAUAUAAACACAGUUUCUAAAAGUUGACCGUUUCAGUCGUGUUUCAUGUAUGAAGUGAAUUGGAAUGUAAAGUUGUUUAAAACAUUUCAGCCCAAAUGACCAUUUCUGUUGUUUGCAUCCUGUCAGUUAAAAAUAUGUAUUUCAAAAGUUGGUUUCAUUAUUUAAUUUGAGGCAACAUAAACAAAUUAUCUAGUGCUGUGCUCAUUAAAUACUGUUUACAGUAGCAAACAGUAACAUCAUAAUAAUAUGUACCACCUACAUAGCACUUUGUAUUGAAAGAGUUGUACAGUAAUAGGUAUGAACUUUGCUAAAUGAAAAUUAUGGAGGCUCUGCAUAAAGAAUUAUACUGAAA